AUGCUGCCCGCCUUGCGCUCUGCGGCCAUGCGCACCGCACUCCCUCGCUUCCCUCGCCAGUCGGUCGUGCGCUGGCAGUCGUCAGCCGCGGCGGGUCACGGCGAGUACACGAGCAUCCUCGUCUCGCAACCGGCUCCCGGCGUCAGCCAGAUCACCCUCAACAGGCCAAAGGCUCUCAACGCUCUCAACUCGACUCUCUUCCACGAACUCAACGCCGCCCUCCGCACCCUCUCGACCGACGACUCGACCGGCUGCGUCGUCCUGACCGGUUCCGACAAGGCCUUUGCCGCAGGAGCCGACAUCAAGGAGAUGAAGGACAAGCAGUUUGCAGAGGUUUACAAGGGCGACUUUUUGGCGCAUUGGACGGAGCUGAGUGGGUUCAGGAAGCCGAUUGUUGCGGCUGUUAGCGGGUAUGCGCUCGGCGGCGGCUGCGAACUCGCGAUGAUGUGCGACAUCAUCCUCGCCGCGCCCAACGCCGUCUUCGGCCAACCCGAAAUCAACCUCGGCGUCAUCCCCGGCGCUGGCGGCACUCAACGCCUCACGCACGCGCUAGGCAAAUCCCGCGCGAUGGAGAUUGUCCUCACCGGCAAGAACUUCUCUGCCGCUGAAGCAGCAGAGUGGGGACUCGUUUCGCGUGUUGUGAGCGAGGGAGGGGUGGUGGAUGAGGCGGUCAAGGUUGCGGGCAAGAUUGCGAGUAAGGGGAUGUUGGCUGUGCAGGCUGCGAAGGAGGGGGUGAAUGCUGCAUACGAGAUGUCACUCACGAACGGCCUGCACUUUGAGCGCCGUCUCUUCCACCAACUCUUCGCUACCAAUGACCAGAAGGUUGGGAUGAACGCGUUUGCGAAUAAGGAGAAGGCCAAGUGGACGAAUUCGUAG